AGGAACUACGAUUGAUUUAGCUUGACCGACAUUUCCUUUUUGUUUCUGAUAUACUGUACUGAAGUCAGCCCUGUUACCAGUUUCAGUUAAGAAGUAAAGAUAGAAACAUCCACAAACUACGACACGAGCAAUGGCUGAUGGACCAAGCGCUGUUGAUUUUGAGGACGAUGAAGAGUGUUGGAUGCGGUUGGAGGACCACAGAAUGCUUCUCAUCAAGACCAUUGAUCCUUCGCGAAUAAUACCCUACCUGAGACAGUGUAGGGUGCUUAACAGUGAGGAUGAGGAACAGAUUUACAAUGAUCCAAGUCUGGUCAUUAGACGGCGAAAAGUAGGUGUACUGCUAGAUAUCUUACAAAGGACAGGUCAUAAGGGCUACGUGGCAUUCCUUGAGAGUUUGGAACUGGACUACCCUCAGGUGUAUCAGAAAAUAACAGGCAAAGAGCCAUCGAGGGUCUUCUCAAUCCUAGUGGAUGCUGCAGGUGAGUCAGGAUUAACUCAGUUUCUCAUGAGUGAGGUGACUCGGCUUCAGAAAGCCCUUCAGGAUGAGCGCAAGGCAAGACUGGCGGCGUCUGCACGUAUAGCUGAGCAUGCUGACACCAUUCGCCGGCUGCAGACACGAGAAUGUGAGCUCCGUAAACAGCAAGAGCGUGUACAGCGCAUGCGUGAAGAACGGGACCAGAUGUGGGACAAGGCACGGCACUUGAAGGAUGAGAAUUACAAACUGAUGAGUGACAUGAACCGACUGAGUGAGGAGAAAAACUGUGCUCUCAUGUGUAAUCGGGACCUACAGCUAGAGAUCGAGAGGCUGAAGCACAGCUUAAUGAAUGCCGAGAGCGAUUCAAAGAUUCAACGUAAACGUACUAUUACCCUGAAAAAUGCUAUGGAGCAGAGGCCUAGCCAAGAAAUGAUGCUGGAGCUUCAGAAAGAGAAUGAUCUUCUCCGAGCUCAAGUGCAGGAGCUUCAGAGCUCUUCCCAGGUCCAAAUCCCAGCAGAUAAUGAGAAGCCAAGCAUUGAGUUGAUGGAAGAUUUCAAGAAGCAAAACCAGGCACAUCAAGAGCUGGUCAACGAGCUUUAUGAAUUACGCAGGGAGCUACAUGACGCUGAGGAGCUACGAGAUAAGUACCUGGAAAAGAAGGAUGAACUGGAAAUGAAGUGUGAGAUUUUAAAGAAAGACUCAAAAAUGUACUGCAAUCGCAUGGAGGACAUUUUAAAGCAGCUGGAUGAAGUCAUUAAAGAAAGAGACAAGGCGAUUUCUUCACGAGAAGAGUACCAUCAGGAGAACUGUAAAAAUCUUCAGGACAAAGACCGUUACCGCAAGCAGCUCCGAGAGAUGGGAGAACGUUGUGAUGAGCUCCAGGUCCAGCUGUUCCGCACUCAAGGAGAAGUUCUUGCUCUUCAAGCAAAACUCCGGAAACAGAACCACUUACACAAAACACUAGCAACUACAGAUGGAAAAUCUUUCUGGAACACAGUGGAACUAAAAAGCCAAACAAGUGAGGAGGAUUUCAAGGAAAGAUAUGAGAAAGGUAUAAGCGAUGAUUCCCAAAGCCCAACCUCAGGGGAGUACAGUGUCUGUAUAAGUAUUAAAGACCCAUGUACCUCAGACGCCCAGGAAGAAAGUUUUCGGGAGAGGAUGUUCACUGAGGAGGAACUGUCAUCCGGCUACCCACCCAGGCCGAGAUGCAAUUUUUAUUACAGAAGGAAACGUGCCUUGAGAACAAAAGCCACUGUUAAAGACUGUGCUAAAGAGUGCACACAGUGUGUUCUGGACAACUCCAGUGGGACUGAUAACACAGACACAGACGGGAUUUGAUAUAAACCCAUCCAGGAGACGACAUUUUGAAUUGCCAAAUAGCCCACAUCAACCUACAGAGAAGACUGGAGACUAUUAUUAUUAUUAUUAUUAUUAUUAUUAUUAUUAUUAUUAACUCCUAUCAACCCAAUUCUAACCUUAGAAUUACUGAUGUCAUUGGAUCUUAAAACAGUUCAAUUUGGUCACUUGAAACAUGGUGUUUUAGAAUUUCCUAUAAUAGAUAUAAGUGGUCAAUUUAAAGCAAGUUUGUUAGACUAACCUUACUGAGUUUAAACAUAUUAGAUACAGAUGUGGACAAAUUUGUUGGUACCCUUACAGCGCAUUGAAACAAUGUUUCAUUCCUCCUGAAAAGUGAUGAAAUUAAAAGCAAUUGUCUCAUGUAUACCUGCAUGCAUUUGGUAUGUCAUAGAGUAAAGCAAAGAAAGUGUGAAAAGAGAUAAAUUAUUGCUUAUUCUACAAAGAUAUUCUAAAAUGGCCUGGACAGAUUUGUUGGUACCCCUAGAAAAGAUAAUAAAUUCAAGCUAACUGUUUUCUUUAAUUAGUAUCACACAUGCCUUCAAUCUUGUAAUCAGUCAUUCAGCCUAUUUAAAUGGAGAAAAGUAGCCACUCUGCUGUUUGGUAUCGUCGUGUGUACCACAUUGAACAUGAACCAGAGAAAGCAAAGGAAACUGCUUUCUGAGGAGAUCAGAAAGAAAAUUAUAGACAAGCAUGUUAAAGGUAUAGGCUAUAAGACCAUCUCCAAGCAGCUUGAUGUUCCUGUGACUACAGUUGCAAAUAUUAUUAAGAAGUUUAAGGUCCAUGGGACUGUAGCCAACCUCCCUGGAUGUGGCUGCAAGAGGAAAAUCAUCCCCAGAUUGAACAGAAGGAUAGUGCAAAAGGUAGACAAAGAGGAAAACUUCCAAAGAGAUACAAGCUGAACUCCAAGGUCAAGGUACAUCAGUGUCUGAUCGCACCAUCCGUUGCGACAUUGUGCUCAAUGGAAGAAGACCCAGGAGGACUCUAUUGUUGACAGAAAAACAUAAAAAAGCCAGACUGGAAUUUUAUUUUGACAAGCUACAAUGCUUCUGGGAGAAUGUCCUUUGGACAGAUGAGACAAAACUGGAGCUUUUUGGCAAGUCACAUCAGCUCUAUGUUCAUAGACAAAAAAUGAAGCUUUCAAAGAAAAGAACACCAUACCUACUAUGAAACAGUGAGGAGGCCCAUAUCAGUUAUGUUAUGGGGCUACUUUGCUGCGUCUGGAACGGGGUGCCUUGAAUCUGUGCAGGGCACAACGAAGUCUCAAGACUAUCAAGGCAUUCUGGAGUGAAACAUACUGCCCAGUGUCAGAAAGCUCUGUCUCAGUCACAGAUCAUGGGUCCUCCAACAGGAUAAAGACCCAAAACCCACAGCUAAAAGCAUCCAAGAAUGGCUAAGAACAAAACAUUGGACUAUUCUGAAGUGGGCCUCUAUGAGCCCUGAUCUGAAUCCUACCGAACAUCUAUGGAAUCAGUGGAGCUGAAACAUGCAGUCUGGAGAAGGCACACUUCAAACCUGAGACAGCUGGAGCAGUUUGCUCAGGAAGAGUGGGACAAACUACCUGUUGACAGGUGUAUUAGUCUCAUUGAGAGCUACAGAUACUCUAAAGAUUGUUCAACAAAAUAUUAGGUUAAGGGUUCCAUCAUUUUUGUCCAUGCCAUUUUCAUUUGUUUUAUCAUUUAAAAUAUUCUGUUGAAUCAAAAAUCAAAAGCAAAGUCUGAUUUUAAUGAAAUAUGGAAUAAACAAUGAUGGAUGCCAA